CAGUAAAUAUGUAGAGGGCUUGUCUAUCGGUGAACAUGCACAUGGUCGCUGUGAGGCAUAGUCAGUUAGUGUACGGAGCUGCAACUGUUCUUUCCUCCAUCUCUCUCUUCCACAAUUCGUGCGGGUUAUUCGUUUCGUUAAGUUACAGCCAUAGCGCGCGUUUUGACGUUUCGCGGUGGAUGCCCAUCCGAUCUGACACCAAAGAGGCCCACAAUAAGACAACAAUAGCCAAAAGGACGCAGGGGAUCCAACAGGUGUUCCGUUGAACGGAAUGGAGUACACUUAUGAUGUCGAUUUGGAAGAGUUGUGUCCUGUUUGUGGAGAUAAGGUGUCUGGUUACCACUACGGACUACUGACUUGUGAAAGUUGUAAGGGUUUCUUCAAAAGAACGGUUCAAAAUAAUAAGCGGUAUACGUGUGCAGAAAACCAGGAUUGUAAAAUUGAUAAAACUCAGAGGAAACGUUGUCCAUUUUGUCGUUUUCAGAAAUGCCUUAAUGUUGGAAUGCGGUUGGAAGCAGUCCGGGCCGAUCGCAUGCGAGGAGGCAGAAAUAAAUUCGGCCCCAUGUAUAAACGCGACCGGGCCAUGAAGCAGCAGAAGAAAGCCUUGAUACGAGCCACCGGCCUCAAGAUAGAGACCACCCCUCCGAUGCCCUCCCCGGCCCCCCAGACAGACUACACCUUCACCGGCAGCCUCCCGGGCAUUCACCAGGUCCCGAAAGGCAUCCUCCAAACCACCCCCAUUCCCAUCGCCCCCACAGACUAUGACCGCAGCCUCUAUGGACCCCCCUCACUGGGUCUGCCAAUGCCUGGACUGCCCACCCCUGCCCAGUUACCACCCCAGUACCAGUACACCUCCUUCCCCAGCCGGGCCAUCAAGUCAGAGUAUCGACCAUAUACAAGCUCUCCAGACUCGGUGGUGGGCGGUUACACAUACCCGGAGCAGGUCUACUCUGGGCUGGGCUCUCCACAGAUCCUCGGGGUACCUCAGCUGGUGUUGGAGUUCUUGCGCUGUGACCCAGACGAGCUGCAGGUGCAGAGCAAGAUCGCCGCCUACCUUCAGCAGGAGCAGAGCAGCCGGGGGGUCAAGGGCCAGGAGAGGCUGAGCACCUUCGGCCUCAUGUGCCACAUGGCUGACCAGACCCUCUUCUCCAUCGUGGAGUGGGCUCGUAGCUGCAUCUUCUUCAAGGAGCUCAAGGUAGGAGAUCAAAUGAAGCUGCUUCACAACUGCUGGAGCGAGCUGCUGGUGUUGGACUUCAUCUCCAGGCAGGUCCAACAGGGCAAGGAGGGAAGUGUGGUUCUGGUCACUGGGCAGGAGAUUGAGAUGGCUUCCAUAGUAUCCCAGGCAGGACCCACUCUCACCAGCCUGGUGCAAAGAGGACAGGAGCUAGUGCAGAAACUACAGACUCUACAGGUUGACCGAAGAGAAAUCGCCUGCUUCAAGUUCCUCAUCCUCUUCAACCCUGACGUGAAGCUGCUGGAGAACCAGGCGUUCGUGGAGGGUGUCCAGGAGCAAGUCAACGGGGCUCUGCUGGAGUACACGCUGUGCGCCUACCCCCAGUACCUGGACAAGUUCAGCCAACUGCUGCUCCGCAUGCCGGAACUCAGGGCCCUGUCGGCGCAGGCCGAAGACUACCUGUGCUACAAGCACCUGAGCGGAGAGGUGCCCUGCAACAACCUGCUCAUUGAGAUGUUACACGCCAAAAGGGCGUGCACUUGACGAUACCGCGUGCUUGUGUGUCAGUGUGUGUGUGUGUGUGUGUGUGUGUAUGUGUGUGUUUGUGUGUGUGUUGACCAGGGCGAGGAGGUGUGUGGUAGUCAGUAGAGAGACCAAGUCUUAAAACAGUGAGAAAAAAAAUGAGAAAAAUAUCCCCCCCCCCCCCCACUCCCAAAUCAUCAGUGACCGAUGGAGAUCCCAGUCCAUGCCGAGCCAGUCCAAACUUCAAACCUCACUAGAGCGGUAUGCCCAAAACCCGGACAAGUUGCAUUUUAAAGAUGCAGUAUUCUGCGAAUGACAAGCAGUGUUUUAAAACCUCCCAUUUUGGGCUGGAUGUGUAAUGUGUUGUUUAUAUGUGCAUAACCUAUAAUUAGAAUCACUAUCAUACCUCAGUUAGCCAUGAAAUUCCCAGUUUGGAAAGGAUGUGCUUUUGGUGAUGUGGUGCACGUAUCGACACUCACAUGACAUUGUCAAUGUUUUUGGGGGAGCCGUUUCGGUUCGACAGAACCACUUUUGAAACCAGUGGACGUAUAUCCUGGAAUGCAUCUUUAAGUACACCACAAAGAUCUGAUUUGCGGGUGGAGAGAUGCACUGAGUUGAUUUGCCUACCCCCUCCAUAGACUGAAAUGUGAUUUACAUGUACAUUUGAAGACACAUUAUUCAGUAUGGUGUUAUUCAGUGUUAGACAACUCAUUUAUCUGUAGUUUAUAUUCAGGCAAUGGUACAUUAAAAGCAUUGUACAGAGAUGCACUGAGAUUAGUGAAGACAUUUCAACAUACAUCAUUAAUUCCAAUUACACCUUUAUUCCCUAUGGAUUCCAAGCUACUGAUUAACUUGAUUAAUUUAAAACCAAGUUUAUCAAGAACUAUUAUGCUACCAAGCGUCAUUUAUUACUUUCAAGUUAAUAAAUGGUAAUGUGCUUCUAAAUACACUUCAUUCUGGUUCAUUCAUUGUGGAAGAUAACAGUAAAUCAGCCAAUGACAAUCAUAAAACAUUGUCAGCUGGUCAUGGCUCACUUGAAUGAACCUAUGCUAUGUUUACAUUUAGCAUGCUAAUGUAGCCUAUAGUGACUUAUGCUAGCAGCUAGGUUGAUGCAACCACACUGACAGUGUUGUUUUUCGAUAAAAAAAAGUUCCUAAUUUGUGUCUAGCACUGGCAGUCUAUUCUCAAAUAUUGUAAAAAGACUGACUCCUUUAACAGAGACACAUAUUUAUCUUCUACCCUGAACAUUUCACGGUUUUCACUUUCACCUUUGUUGUUUUCUUUGGACAUGUCUGUAUUUUAAAGAUCUUGUGAUUUUACUGGCUGAAUUUUUUAAUUGUUGCCUUAGAUUUGUUUCUGUUCGAACACUGAGAAUCUACAGGGAGAUAUUCUAAUAGAAAAACAACAGAGACUAAGUGUGUGUCUGUGGUGAAUGGGCCGAUACAGACACACAAAGGCAAUAGUGCCAAGGCUAGGGAGAAGGAACAGGAGAGAGAAGGUGGGAGGGAGGGAGAGAGGGAGGAGAGAGAGGGAGGGAGACAGAGAGGGAGAGGGGACCGAUGGUGGAGAGAAAGCAAUUUAAUUCUCAAUAGAGGUGACUUGCAGUGUGGCUCCACGUUUGUCAUCCAGGAUCCUGCUAUCACCGGUUAUGAAGUCAUUUCUACAAAAAGGUCAUAGGGCACAUGUGCAUGGAGACACACUCACACACACUCACACACACACACACACACACACACAGGUGUGAAAUUAAUUUUGACAACAUCUUUGUGAUUCCCUUUUUGAACUGAUCAAGUAGAAAUGUGCUGGAUUUGUGCAAGUAUGUAGCCUGCGAGUGGGGCUUUGCCAAACUUUAGGGAGAAAGGGAGAACAUGUCUGUGUGUGUAUAUCUGUGUGUAUAUCUUUGGGCACGUGCGUAUGUGUGUGUGCGUGUGUGUAUGUGUGUGUGUGUGUAGAGGAUACAGCAGCGAGGAGCGGGAAGGGUUGGAAUGAAAGAGACGUACCGUGUAGUACUCCCACAUACUCACCAUUUCCUGACGGCACACAAUACACACACACAAACACACACACACACACACACACACACACAUACACAUACACACACACACACACAUACACACACACACAAACUAAGGGACAAUGACAUACUCAACAAGGUAAAGAAAAGCAGAGUUGGGGAAGCUACUUUCAAAAGAUAGCUUGACAAUCUACCAAUUAAUUCACGCUGAUGAAGUUGCUGAACUGAAGUGACUUUGAAAAAGUAGUGUGCGACAUGCAAACUAAUUUGUGAAAAUGUGCCGAUGUGUCAUUGACUGAGUAUGCGAGAACAGAUCAAUUUUGUGCUCAGAUUAUGUGUGAGGUUUUCACUUAGCCUAUUAGAAACAAGAGAUUGAAUCAGGACUGCCCAUGAAAAACAAAAGUAAAGUAAUGCUUAAUAUACCCAUUUGUUUGUUUUGCAAACAAAAUAUUGUGUCUAUUUCCAGUAGCUUACUUUGUUCAAUAUAUUGGUGUAGUUAUUAACUAUUGAAAACACUGGACUUUAAUUGCUUUUUAUUUAUUCCUAGUUUAACAACAUAGUUCAUUACAUCCAAACACUGAGGAAUCAGAAUCUCCUUUAUAUGCCAAGUACAUUCUCACAUACCCAGAAUUUCACUAGGUGUGAGGACAUAGUCAAUCAAAUGUUCUACUACUACAAUGUUGAAUACUUUAAAUUAAAAGUGCAACUGAAUUCUGAAUUUCAAUGGAGUCAAUUUGAACAUUUUAUAAAACGGUCUCUUUACUUCUCUCACGCUCUCUCUCACCCUGUAGAUACAUGAUCAAUGUGAUGAAUUAAAAUGAAAAAUGUACAUGUUAUACAGUAAGUAAUGUAUAAUACAUGAAAUCUUAAUCAUUUGGAUGCCGCCAUUAAACACAACACAUUCAAUGUUACUGUUAAAAGCUAUGACUUGUGGUUCUGCAAAACAGUUUAUUAAUGUAUCUUUAGCUGGUGUGUGUGUGUGUGUGUGUGUUUGUGUGAAUGGGUGCAUGUGUGUGUUGCACACCAUUGCCAUUGUCUGGGUAUGAGUUUUUGACGUGGCUACACAAAUGGCAAUGGCCUAUACUAAAAUGAACUUUAAGAAAAUAACCAUCUACAGCUUAUCCAUUUAAUAAGACAAUCACCACAACUGUUUUUAUACAUUAAACAUGCAUUUCACAAUAAAGGUUUCUUCUGAGAUGCUGUUUUGGGAAUUGGGAAUUGAUAUCCAGUCUUUCAUAGACUUCGGAAUCCCAUUCCCCCAUGAAGACAUUAUGUUUGGGCCAUUGCCCUGGUAACCCAUUCCGCAGCUUUUUACAGAAACAGUGGCAGGGACAUGGCUUUGUUACAGUUUCUACUGCUGAUUGCUCCUUUAAGUAGAGCACCGAUUUCCUGGAUUGUACUGUGUUAUCUAGACACAGUAAUCAUGUGAUCUUUAUUGUCUGUUUUUCUGGUUCAAUCACAUGGGUCUUGAUUCAGACUUGAGAUAAGUAGACAACAUGCUUCGACUUAACGAAGCAGUCUGGGACUUAACAAGCAAAUAACAAGCUUUAUUUCUUUAAACCUCACAUUUUGGGCUGAAUGUGUAAUCUGACGUUUAUAUGAACAUAAGGUAGAAUCACUCAGUUAGCCAUGAAAUUCCAAGUUCAAAAGCGAUUGGUUUUGAUUACAUAGGGCACAAACAUGAUAUAGAACACCAUUUUGGGGGACGUUUUUGGUUCAACAGCACCACUUGUACAACCAGUGUCCGAAAACCAUGUUAUGUCAACUUACCUCAAAUCUGACUAUGACCUCUGGUAUGUUAUAUAUUUGGUUAAUCGUUCUGACUGUGCUUGAUUGUUUUUGUUUCAAAUCAAUAAAAGCUAAUUAUUUAAC